CGCUCUAUAUACGAAUAAGUAUAUACUGAAAACUACCAACAAAGUGUGCACGGAAAGGUUAUACUAUUAAAACGUAUUAAUUGAUGAUUAUGCUGUAUAAGGAAUUUUGAAGUGUGAAUAUGUGAUAUCAUAAAACAAUACAAUAAACGAGAUAUUCACAUGCACUAAUCAAUCAUACACUAAGAUAGUGAAUUGAUAGCUGCAUCAAAAAAAUUACAGAGGAAACAAGCUUAAAGUUUAUGGACGUUCACUAUUUAAAACUAGAUACAUUUGUAGAUAAAAAUGUUUUACAAUUUCCUAAAUGUCAAGAGGUAUCAAUAUGCGCAUGCGUGUAAUUUUAUGACGUAAAAGCAUUCGUAAACUAUUCAUAUAAUAGUUACAAAUGUCCAUGCUGUACAUGUGCUUAUUAUGCUUAGCUCGUAAUUCUUGGAGUAACCAAUAAAUGAUCAGGAUCGCUACGCAAAACAUUAAUGGAUAGCUUGCCUACCAAAAAAAAACACUAAUGGAUAACUUAUCGAAAGAAAAAAAACCUUAAUGGAUACGAAGAAAAUUGGCCAACCAAAUGGCUUUAUUUCUUUCCUAACUAAAUCCUCAUUUGGAGCCAAUAGGCAAAUGCGAGGAAGAUCGCAAGUAAGUUAUUUCGUUAUUAAGUAGUGGUGAUUACUCAAAUCCAUAACAUUACGCCUGAAUGCACCAACAUCAUCCCAUAUAUAUAUACAAUCAAACAUUUGCUAAAUCAUAUAUCUCGAAACACAAAACCCAUUAGUCCGCGAUGGAUGAUACCACCAAAGAAGAUGGCUCUGGCUCUAGCCGAAAACCUGUGCGUAAGGAAAAAAGAUCAUAUAUCUUUAGGAAAUGGACAUGGAUCGAUGUAAUGAAAGCCUCCUCUGUUGGGACAGUGCAUUUGUUGUGUGUCUUGGCUCCUUUUAACUUCAAAUGGGAAGCUCUCCUAUUCGGUGUUAUUCUCGCUAUUAUGUCUGCCCUCAGCAUUACGUUCUCGUACCAUAGAAACUUGGCUCAUCGGAGCUUUAAGCUACCUAAAUGGCUUGAAUAUUCAUUUGCUUAUUCUGCCCUUUUCGCGCUUCAGGGUCAUCCAAUAGAUUGGGUGAGCACACAUAGGUUCCAUCACCAGUUCACAGAUUCGGACCGUGACCCACAUAGCCCCAUUGAAGGUUUCUGGUUCAGCCAUGUCUUCUGGAUAUUUGACAGCAGUUAUAUCAGAGAAAAGUGUGGAGGACGUGACAACGUGAUGGACUUGAAACAGCAAUGGUUCUAUAGGUUUCUACGAAACACAAUUGGUCUCCACAUCAUGACGUUUUGGACCCUCGUCUAUUUGUGGGGUGGCCUACCUUACCUAACUUGCGGCGUGGUAAGAAAGUUUUAUUGUAUUAAUGUUAAAACAUAUAUAAACGAACUAGAAAAUUCUCAUUUAUCUAGUGAAACUAAUUUGCAACAGGGUGUUGGAGGAACAAUCACCUAUCAUGGGACUGGGAUCGUAAACUCGGCUUGCCAUAUUUUGGGCUCACGAGCCUGGAACACCAAGGACACAUCUCGUAACAUUUGGUGGCUGGGGCCAUUCACAAUGGGAGAAAGCUGGCACAACAACCACCAUGCCUUUGAAACCUCGGCUAGGUAUGGACUGGAAUGGUAUCAGGUAGACUUAACUUGGUACCUCAUUUCGUUCUUCCAGGCUCUCGGUUUAGCCACUGACGUCAAAUUGCCAUCAGAAACUCAGAAACGGAAGCUGGCUUUCGCUCGUUAAUCUCAACUCUAAACCUAUCUAUUUCACUUUCAACACUGUUGUCUUCAUUACAUAUAUUCAUUACUCGUUCUUUUGUUAUUUAUGUAACAAUCAGUUCUCAUGAACAUGUAAAACUAGUCUGAUUCAAACAAAUUAACUUACACUGCACGCUGUAAGGACAUGCACCUCGUAUACAGAAUGACUAAUGCCAUUGUCGAUCUGUACAUCCUUUUAGAUUAAUAUUUAUCAGAAUAUUAUUUAUUGAAUUUUAGCUAUUUUGUCUAGCUAGAUAAUUAUAUGAAUUUUUAACAACCUAAAAAUCCUUCGAUUCUUAGUACCUUUCAAUUCUAUCUUAAACCAGGAACAUUUAUUUUGUUUGUAACUGGGAGAUCCAAUUGAUUGGGUAAGCACACAUCGAUACCAUCACCAGUUUACAGAGGCUGAUAGGGACCAGUGCCGUGCUAAAGAUUUUGAGAGCGUAAGACAAAUUUUUAAAAUAAACUUAUUUUACAACUACAAUGAAAAUAAUUUUCUAAUACAAUAUAUCACAUUCAUCAAAUACACACGUCUAACACUGUAAAAGAAUAAGUUUAUUAAGUAAAUAUAUUAUAUUAUGUCAUAUAAAAAAUACAUUGAUUCAGAAAGUGAGUUAGUCAAAUCUCUCGAAUUGUUUUUCUUUUAAAUAAAUCUAAACCACUAUACUAUAAAUUAUUUUAAAUUUUAGGGCUCUAAAAAAAUCAUAUUAAUCGGGGAUCCGAGGCGAGUGACUUUUUCGAUGGCACGCCUCUGAUAGGGACCCACAUAGUCCUAAAGAAGGGUUUUGGUUCAGCCAUCACCUAUAUAUGGCUAUUUACCGGUUAUCUUGUAGAAAAGGCAAUUAACUAUUGGGUGUAAUUAAGAAGAUUAGUUUACUUUAAUCACAAUCAAAGCUCAAUAUCAUAUUGUAAUGGCACAGUGUGGGAGAAGGACAAAUGUGGAAGACUUAAAGAGGCAAUGGUAUUAUAGAUUCCUUCAAAGAACGGUUCUUUACCACAUUAGCAUUUGGUUUCCUCCUCUAUUACUUUGGUGGUUUGUCUUCUUACUUGGGGAAUGAUGAUAUUUAACUCUUUGUUUUUCUUUCUGCUUUAUUUGUUCAUUACUUUCCAAAAGAAUAUCUUGAAGAUAUAUAUACCUACAAGAAUGCGUUUGUCUUCUUACUUGGGGAAUGCGUUUGUCUAUUAUUAGUAACAAGUAUUAAUAAAAAUGACAAAUAGUUGUAAUGUUGGCGUAUAUGUAGGGUAUUGGGGGUAGCAAUGGAGCAUCAUGUGACUUGUGCAUCAACUCUCUUUGUCAUAUUUGGGGAAGCCGAACCUGGAAGACCAAUGACACUUCUUGUAACGUUUGGUAUGUAAAUACGUAUCUUUGCUCAAUAAUGAUUCAUCAAGAAUACAUAUACUAAUGAAAUUUCAUUUGGUAUGUACAAAUUCUUCAGUUGCUUUCAAGUUACAAAAGAGAUUGGGAUUUCUAUAUUGGCUUUAGAUAGAUUAUAAUGAAAGAUGCCUCAAGCUUUAAUUUUGGUUAAGGUAACACUUGUAAUACUAUUGUACUAUGCGUGGUGUUUUGUUGUCAUCCCGUGUGUGGUACUGAAAGUCUGAAACCAACCCUACUCAAUUAAUUUACGUCCGUUUUCGUAUGAGCGAAAUUUUAGUAUGCGUAAUGAAGUUUGCAAACCACAUCGUGACAAAGCAAUGUCAGUAUUGUAAGCCAGUAGAUUUAUUAUUGGCUUAUUUAUAAACAUAUAAUACUGUCGUUGUUAGAUUGUUUUUCAGGAAAACAUGCAAGAAAAUUAGAAUUAAGCAACAAGAAAACAUUUGACCAAAAAAAAGCAACAAGAAAACGAAAGAAGCGGAUUGAACAAAAGCAGGCAGAAAAAUGGUUGCUACCGUGAUGAAGAAGGCUAUGUACGUACUAGAGUUACUUUGUAAUGAAAAAGUUACAAACUAUGAUGUGAGAAGCUUUAGUUGGCAAAACAUGUACAGGGUUAAUUACAUUACCAAAACAAUAUUGAAAAUAAAACGUCUAUGAGCCAAACCUAAGAUAUAGCACUUUAUUUAUUAAUCCAUUGAUUUCCUCCUCAGACUCCAAACAAACCCAAAAAUGAAGCUCGAAACUAUUUUUAUUGCGCUAGCCCACAACUAUAGUAUCCAAAAGUUCGAAAAUGAAACCUUAACGCUCUAUAUAUGAAGAAAUAGAUAGUAAAAACUACACAAGAAAGUAUGCAUGGAAAGGCUAUAUUAAAGAAAUUGAUGAUUAAGUGAAUUCUCUGUAAAGAAUUUUAAAGCGUGAUAUGUGAUAUCAGAAAAAUACGAUACACAAAAUAUUAACAUGCAAAUACUUUCGUGUUUGUAUUUAUAUUAAUAUUUUAUUCUUACUAAAUUAAAUUCGUAUUGGUUAUAUAAAUAUAUAACACUGUAAUCAUAUAAUCUAAGAUAGUUAAUAGAUACUAUAUCACAAAUAAACAUAGAGGAAAAAAGUUUAAACUAUGGACGCUUCACACUGAUUAAAUAUUCGAGACAGUUUAAAUGGGUAGUCGACAAAAAAAAAAAGAUUAAAUA